AAAAGGAUAAAACCAACCUAACACUAAUUACUAGUUUCGCUGGUACGAACAAGAGAGUUUCAGAGUCGUCGUCAUUGUUUGAGCAGAUUGAAAAAAAAAAUGGAAACGACCGCCGCACUCACCGGCAUUCGAUUGACUUCCUCGAUCCACCCCUCCCGUCUUUCCUCCCCUUUUCUUUCCCCCGCAUUUCCGCCCAAUCGUUCUCUCUCCCUCAAGCUUCAUAAGCAGUUUCCUUCGACUUCCCAAGCUUCUCUUCUCAGACCUUCCGCCUCUGUUUCUCCUACCUACAGUGAGGCGAUUGAGUUGGCUGAUGUAGAUUGGGAUAAUCUUGGAUUUGGUCUUCAACCUACUGAUUAUAUGUAUUUCACCAAAUGUGAUCAAGGUGGAACUUUUUCUAAGGGUGAAUUGAAGCGUUUUGGGAACAUUGAAUUGAACCCUGCUGCUGGUGUUUUAAACUAUGGGCAGGGGUUAUUUGAAGGUUUGAAAGCCUACCGCAAAGAAGAUGGGAAUAUACUCCUCUUUCGUCCGGAAGAGAAUGCCUUACGGAUGAAGAUGGGUGCCGAGCGGAUGUGCAUGCCAUCACCUAGCGUAGAACAGUUUGUGGAAGCUGUGAAAGACACUGUUUUAGCAAACAAACGCUGGAUACCACCUCAGGGUAAGGGUUCCUUGUAUAUUAGACCUUUGCUAAUGGGAAGUGGAGCUGUACUUGGGCUUGCACCUGCUCCAGAGUACACCUUUUUAAUAUAUGUUUCACCUGUCGGGAACUACUUCAAGGAAGGUUUGUCUCCAAUCAAUCUGAUUGUGGAGAAUGAUCUACAUCGUGCAACUCCUGGUGGUACUGGAGGUGUGAAGACCAUUGGAAACUAUGCUGCGGUUCUUAAGGCACAAUCUGCAGCCAAAGCUAAAGGCUACUCUGAUGUUUUGUACCUUGACUGUGUGCACAAAAGAUACUUGGAGGAGGUUUCUUCCUGCAAUAUAUUUGUUGUUAAGGGUAACAUUAUUUCAACUCCAUCUAUCAAAGGGACUAUCCUGCCUGGCAUUACUCGAAAGAGUAUAAUUGACGUUGCUCAAAGCCAAGGUUUCCAGGUUGAGGAACGACUAGUGUCGGUGGAUGAAUUGGUAGAUGCUGACGAGGUCUUCUGCACAGGAACAGCUGUGGUCGUAUCACCUGUUGGCAGUGUUACCUAUCUUGGCAAGAAGGUAUCUUAUGGAGAUGGCAUUGGAAAGGUUUCACAGCAACUUUAUAAUGUCCUUACCAGUCUACAGAUGGGUCUUGCGGAGGAUACCUUGAAUUGGACUGUUGAGCUGAGAUAAGAACACUAAGACUAGCCUUCACUGCAUCUUUUGCUGAAAUCUUUUUCUUGAAUUUUGAGGUUAUGUAGAUAUACUGUGGAGUUUGUAUUGCUAUUUAUUGAAUAAACUAUAGCAAGCAGCACGUAAAAAAGAUAAUUCUGCAUGUUUAUUUACAUUCUAGUAGCGGUAAUUGAGUAGCCUUGAGAUUUGAUGAGAUUAUAUGAAAUUUAAUUUUAAUGUUCUUUGCGUUGAUUAUCCAAA